AUGUCACAGACCAGCGUGAUCGAAACACGCGCCGAAACCAGCAGAGCACCUCCCAAAAAUGCCCUCUCAAUUUCAGAUCCCGACCCCGAACCCACCACCACCCAACCACACUCCCUAAGCAAUGCCCAAGCAAUCACAGCCGUAAUCGCCCUAACGGGCGUCAGCUUCCUCAACACAAUGGGCUCCGGCAUUUUGACCGUCGCCCUCCCCGCCAUGUCCGCGGACCUCGGGCUUAGCCGCGAUCUGAUCCUCUGGCCCGCAGCCGUCUACGCCCUCGCCGCCGGCUGCACGCUGCUAAUCUUCGGAGCCAUUGCCGACGUCCUCGGCGACAAGCGCAUGUGGCUGACUGGCAGCAUCCUCUUCGCGGUGUUCACGCUGGCCUGUGGUCUUGCGCGUACGGGGAACCAGCUCAUCGCGUUCCGCACACUGCUCGGAAUCUCAAUCGCAAUGUGUCUCCCCUGCGCGGUGAGUCUGAUGACACGGACGUUUCCACCGGGACGGCAGCGGAAUCUGGGCUUUGCGGCCAUGGGCAUGGGCCAGCCGCUCGGGUAUUCGGUCGGUUUGAUUCUUGGGGGGUUCUUUGCGGAUUCGAUUGGGUGGCGGUUUGGGUAUUAUAUCAGUGCGAUCAUUAAUGCGGCGCUGUCUGUUCUUGCGUUUUGGAGUUUGCCUGCGGAAAAGCCCAGGGCGGCUGGGGAGUCGUUGGCCAGCGGGUUGAAGAAGAUCGACUGGGUUGGGGCGCCGAUUAUCAGUGUUUCGCUGGCGUUGCUAUCGUUUGUUCUUGCGCAAAUCACAGAAAGCUACCACAGCCUCGGGGAUACAUACAUUAUCGUCCUGCUGGCGAUCGCACUCAUCCUCCUCCCCGUCUUCGUCGCCUGGGUUGGAUACCAAGAGCGCCAUGGACGACCCGCACUCAUCCCGAAUAGUCUUUGGAAGAAUACCGUCUUCAGCGCAACGUGCAUCAUCGUCUUCUUCGCUUGGGCCGAGUUGAAUGCGUUGCAGUAUUUCACGAGUCUAUACUUCCAAGAAAUCCAACACAACACAGCCCUCCACUCCUCGCUCAUGUUCAUCCCCAUGGUGAUAAUGGGCGCGGCAACCAACAUCUUCACAGGGUACAUGGUCGACAAAGUCACAGUCGGGAUACUGGUCUUCGUCUCGGGGGUCAUCAGCACGGUCUCGCCGCUACUAAUGGCCCUUGUCAACCCCGACUGGGGAUACUGGCGCGGGCCGUUUGUGGCUAUGGCGCUUAGUCCGGUGCAUGCGGAUGUCCUCUUCACAGUGUCCAACCUAAUAAUAUCGCGCGCCUACCCAGGCCAGAACCAAGCGCUCGCAGGCGCCGUGUUCAACUCUGUCUCGCAGGUGGGCAAUUCCGUGGGGUUGGCGGUUAGUGCGGCGAUUGCGGCGUCGGUUACGGAGCAUUCGAAUACCAAGACACAGGAGGAGGGAAUCCUGGUGGGCUAUCGCGCGGCGUAUUGGUUGAUGUUUGCGGCUAUGGGGGUUGUGUGUUUGGUUAGUUGGGGUGGGUUGAGGGGGGGUGGGAUGGUUGGGAAGAAGACGGAGUAA